UUUGUCGUUUCUCAAGCGCGUCGAGCUCUCCUUUCUAGUCUCGCGAUGGUGAACUUGAAGCACGAAGAUAUCACCGACAAGGGUGACUUGACGUUUAAAAUAGAGGACGACAUUUUGAUUGGCGAAAAGGCGCCGAUCCUCAAGAAAUGCACGAACGUCGGAGCGUUAGUGUUGGAGAAGCUGAGGAGUAGACCGGAGUUUAUUGCGCAGGUAGAAGCGGUUACCGGCGCGGAGACCACUUUCGCAGAAAUGACGGAGAAAAGCGUAAAAUGCGCGCUGUGGCUGAGAGAGCAGGGUGUUCAGCCGGGUGACAUAAUCGGCAUUUGCACUCACAAUCAUCUGGAGUCAUACGUGCCGUUGCUCGCGGCACUCUAUCUCGGCGCCAUUAGCAACCCAUGGGACAACGAACUUUCUCCAAUGACCGCGCGUUAUUUUCUCUCGCUGACGAAGCCGAAAAUAGUGUUCGUAAACGGCGAAUCGGCCGAGUGCUUGGCGCAGGUCGUCAAAGAGAACAACAUGGAUACCAGGCUGGUGGUGUUCGCCGACUCGGCCGGAUUCGUCGGACGCGCCGCAACAUUGACGGCUGUCCUGCGUUCCCAGGACACCGCGUGGAUUGACGAAUUCGAGUGUGCGAAGCUCACCAGCCCCAAGCACGUUGCUGCGAUCGUUUGCUCGUCGGGCACUAGUGGCUUUCCGAAGGGCACCGAGAUCAGUCACGCGGCUAUGAUCAAUUACAUGGCCCACGUCAAGGUCCACGAUCUCAAGGGACACGUAUCCAUGUGGACGCCGUCUAUGCGAUGGUAUUGCGGCCUGUUUAUCGUCAUCAAGGCGAUUCUGGAUUGCUCCAAGCGAAUUAUCGUGCCAGAUUACGACGACGACGAGGGCCUAUGUCGUUUCAUCGAGAAGUAUGAAGUAUCCUGGUUUAGAUGCGAUUCCUGCUUCCCUAUUCGGCUGGUGAAGUUCGGCGUAUUAAGCAAGUACCGACUACCAACAUUGAAAAUCCUUUUGUUCGGCGGCGCGCAUUUCAAGGGGGAGCUGCAGCAGACGCUGGUGAAACUUUUGCCGCACACCGAUGUCAUACUGAGUUACGGAAUGACGGAUUAUGGUGGAUUAUGCGCCCGUCAGACGAAAUACAGUAAACCAGGCAGCUGCGGAUUUGUGUGCGAAACAGGACGGCUGAAAGUGGUCGAUCCUAACACGGGAAAGGUCUUGGGGGCCAACAAAACCGGAGAAAUAUGGGCCAAAUCGUCGUACAUGAUGAAUGGAUACUACAACAAUCCUGAGGCCACGAGGAGAGCUCUCGAUUCGGACGGGUGGUUACAUACCGGCGAUCUCGGUUACUACGACAACGACGGGGAAGUCUUCCUCGUCGACAGAAUGUCGGAGUUCAUCAACUACAGAGCUAUCAAGAUAUCGCCCGCGGAAAUCGAAGCUUUGAUUCAGCAACACCCCGCAGUCUUCCAAGUCGCCGUUGUGCCGGUGCCGCACAACAUCAAUGAGGAACAUGCUAUGGCUUUUGUCGCGAAAGUGCCCGGCAAAGAGGUGACGGAGCUCGACAUAACCGACUUGGUGAAGCAGAACAUGCCGUGGUACUGCAGGCUACACGCGGGAGUUAAAUUCAUGGAGAAGCUGCCUCGCACAGCCACCGGAAAGAUCGCCAAGAAGCAGCUCAAACAAAUUGCCAAGAGUUACGCGACGAACUGCUGUCGAGAGAGACGAAUAGAGAGAGAGACUUUUACUGACAUAAUGACGAGCAGCGGAGAAAAAGCCAACGAGUAUGUACCGUCGUUCAGAAUCGAGGAGAAUGUAUUGAUUGGCACGGGGGAAACUCAUCCGGUAUGCGCGAACGUCGGCGAACUGGUUCUCAAUAGGUUAAGCAGUAAGCCGGAUUUCGUCGGACAGAUAGACGCCUUCACCGGAAAAGAAUGCACUUACGCGGAAAUGAGAGAACGGAGCAUCAAGUGCGCUCUGUGGUUAAGAAAGCACGGCAUCCAGAAAGGCGACAACAUUGGCAUAUUAACUGAGAAUCACUUGAACACAUGUGUACCGGUAUUGGCAAUUCUAUACAUCGGUGGGAUAAUAUGUCCGUGGGAUCACGUGGUGUCGAAAUUAUCCGCGCGUUACUUCCUUUCACUGAUGUCCCCGAAGGUGGUCUUCGUGAACGAGGAAUCCGCCGAGAAUCUGAUGGAAGCCGCGAAGGAGGAAAAUCUCCAAGUGAGAGUUAUGGUUAUCGGCAGUCUGCCAGGGUUCGUGUCCCUGGCGAACAUUCUUGAGGAACAGGUCAGCCGCGCGGAGAUCGACGGCUUCCGCUGCACGAAAAUCGAUAAUCCCCACGACUUGGCGAUGAUCUGUAGUUCUUCCGGCACCACGGGUAUGCCGAAAGGAACCGAGCUGUCUUACGCGUCUCUUUAUAACAGCAUCACUCCUGUCGAGGAGGUUCACGCGAAGAACGAGAUAUGCGCCUGGGUGCCCACGAUACGAUGGCACGGCGGACUCAAUCAAUGCAUCGAAGUCAUUAUGUCGAACGCUAAGUGGAUCAUUUUUUCGGAUGAUAAUAUCAAGGAAAUCGCGCUUUGCGAGAUCAUUCAGAAACACGGAGUAACAUGGCUUGGAACUGAUACUAAUUUCGCCAUACUUUAUGUCAAAAUGAAUAUUUUCCAAAAAUAUCCUAUGCCGUCUUUGAGAAAAAUGGUCAUUACUGGGGCACCUUUUACGAAGGAACUUCACGAAACCGUUGCGAAAAUUAUGCCACAUACGCAAAUUCUGCAGUGUUACGGACUGACAGAUGCUGGCGGCUUGUGCGUGAGUCAAGCAAAAAAUAGCAAGCCGGGUUCCUGCGGUUUCGUGACCAAAGGCAUACGAAUCAAGAUAGCCGACGAAAAAACCGGUAUAGCUUUGGGGCCUAAAGAGAGGGGCGAAAUCUGUAUCAAGUCAGAAUUUAUGAUGAAAGGUUAUCACAAAAAUCCGGAGCAAACUAAGGAAGCCUUCGAUUCGGACGGUUGGCUGCACACCAAAGAUAUCGGUUAUUACGACGAAAACGGCGAGAUUUUCUUCGUCAACAGGAUUUCGGAUUUCAUCAACUACAAAGCCAUUAAACUGUCAUCGGCGGAAAUCGAAGGGGUACUCGAGCUUCACCCUUCGAUCCUCAAGGCCGUAGUGGUUCCAGUACCACACGAAACGGAUAUAGAACUACCGCUGGCUUUCGUUCAAAAAGUAGUCGAAAAAGAGGUAACGGAGGAGGAAUUGCAUGAUUUAGUGAAUAAGAAUCUACCGUGGUAUUGCAAACUUCAAGCAGGUAUCAAAUUCGUGAAUGAUUUUCCGCGAAUCAGUACUGGGAAAAUUGAUAAGAAAAAGCUGAAACUACUGGCGAAAAGUUACGCCAACGUUUCAAUUCGAAUCAGCUGUCAGUGCGCAUUUGGUUGUUACAAAAAUAAACGAGACAGUAACUGUUAUAAAAUCGAUAUCAACAUGUGUAAUUUAGAAAUUAAUAACAAGUGUCACAACGAUAGCCGCGAUUUUAGAAUUGAGGAUAAUAUCUUAAUAGGAAAGGAAUUAUCGAUACCCAAAAGACCCGUUAAUAUUGCUGAAGAGACACUUAAGUUUUUGAAGAGCAAGCCGGAUUCUAUUGGACAGGUAGAUGCUCUUACGGGUAAAGUGCAAACCUACGCCGAUAUGAGCGAGCGCAGCAUAAAAUGCGCCCUUUGGUUGAAGAAGCAAGGUGUGAAACCGGGCGAUAUAAUCGGUCUUUGCAGCGACAAUAACCUGGACGUGUUCUUAAUUUUGUUGGGCACUAUGUACAUAGGCGCCAUAAGUAACACGUGGGAUCACGAGCUUACUCCGAUGACGGCACGAAACUUUCUCACGCUAACAUCACCAAAGAUAGUUUUCACGGUAAGUUCAUCGGCCGCGAAUUUGAUGGAAGCGGCUAAGGAAUUGAAGAUGAACUUGAAAGUGGUGGUUAUGGACAAGUUGGACGGGUACGAAUCUGUGGAGGAGAACGUUAUGAAGGGCCAUGACACUCGCGAGAUCAUCGAAUUUAAAUGCCAUGUUACAAACCCGGACGACGUUGCUCUUAUAGUUCCCUCUUCGGGUACUACGGGCCUACCAAAGGGCACGGAAAUAUCGCACUAUUCUUUGUUCUGCUGCUUACAUCCCUACAAAAACCGCACCUUGGUGGGCCAUACUUGCAUAGUUACACCCACAAUGCGUUGGCAUUACGGUGUUUUGAUGGCCUUCAGGCUUGUUGCGGCGAACGCGAAGAAACUCAUCGUUCCGGACAAUGACGAUGCCGAGAAUUUCUGCCAACUUAUCGAGAAAUAUCAAAUAACCUGGUUCGGUACCGAUCCAUUCAUGAUAAUCAAGUUCAUUAAAAGCCAAUUGCUGGAGAAAUAUCGAUUGCCAACCUUGAAAGUGAUUCUUUCUAGUGGGGCUCAUCUCAGGAAAGAGCAUUUAGAAGUAAUGCGCGAGAAAUUACCUGAUGUUUUCAUCACUAAUCAUUAUGGAAUGACUGAUACCGCAUGCGUGGUCAGUGCGCAAAAUAAAUUCACGAAACUAGGAUCAGUCGGUUAUGUAUCAUCUAACGUUCGCAUAAAGAUGGUGGAUCUGGACACGGAGGAAGCGCUAGGACCUAACAAGAUCGGAGAGCUACGCGUGAAAGCAAUCACCAUAAUGCAAGGAUAUCACAAGAAUCCGGAAACAACGAAACAGGCCUUCGAUUCUGACGGUUGGUUACGCACCGGCGAUCUGGCGUAUUACGACGAUAACGGGGAGAUAUACAUCGUCGACCGGAUAUCCGAUUUCAUCAAUUUUCGAAGCAUCAACGUUUCGCCCGCGGAGAUCGAAACCGUUUUAAUGACUCAUCCCGCGGUGCUCCAAGCGGCGGUGUUAGGGAUACCCAACGAGGUCGACGAGCAACAUCCGAAGGCUUUUGUUGUCCAAGUGCCGAACAAAUCGGUAACGGAGCAGGAGCUUAUCAGCUAUGUGGAAAAAAACUUGCCGGAUUAUUGCAGACUCCGCGGCGGUGUUAAAAUCGUGGACCAAUUGCCGCGCACGACUACCGGCAAAAUCGCGAGGAAGCAGCUGCGAGAUAUGUAUGUGAAUUAAAGCGCACCGAACUAUGCGCAGCCAGCGAGGACGUCUUAUCGCGUGUACCUAAAUUGUGUUUUCGUCGAAAAUGUAAUCUUGUGGAAACGUUCGGGCUACAGUGUGCAGUCGGUGUCGGCGCACGUUAAUCGGAAAGACUCAAGUUCUCAAGAGCAAAAUAUGUAAAGUAAUGCGGAGCGCGGUAACGCACGAGCGAAACUCACUUUACGGAAUCAUCGACUUCGUUAAUUGUUUUCUCCCCAAGACAAACAGAAUGGAUCGGAGCGGAGAAAGCGAAAAUUAAACGGUAGCAAAAUCAUUGUUAACAGAUGCGCUGUCAAUCGCGCGACUAACUGCCUCCGAUCGCAGGCACGACGCGAUUUUAUUCCGUUCGUCUCGUAAAUCUCUCGAUGAGUGCCUUAAUAUUUCGCGCGGUACGAACGCUCAGACCGCCACGAAAAGCUUAAUGACAUCCGAAUCCAGCCGUAGAAUUUCCGUCCUCGUCAUAAACGGUCCACGAGAAACGUGACAAUUGCGUCAUCCAGAUAAUAGGUGCUCCAGAAUCUGGGAGCUGGUUGUGAGUUAUAUCAAGAGGCAACCGUGGGUCAAACAGCAGGAGUGGCCACGGAGUCACGUCAUACAAGCAACUUUCAUUAUUUUCCAUUCCACGUUUACGUCUAGUAUCAAGUAUCUAGUAUCGAGUACCACGCGCAAUCGAUAGAGGAACAGGUGCAAAAUUUCGUGCACAUUUGAAAUACAAAUGGAAUUUCAGAGGUCGCGGAGGGGUGAGCUGCGAUAUCAAAACCAAAGAUAUUAUCAAUUUAACUGAAAAAAUAUAUAAAAAUAACAAUCAAUAAAAACAUGUGCCGAAUUUAAAAAAAUUUUGAAGCUGUUUUUAUUACGUUAACGAUUCGUCGAAAUAAACACGGACGCAACUUCUUCGUACAGUAACCGUAUUUCGCAAAUAAAUUAAAAUGUUUUGUUUCAUUGA